GCAGCACCAGAGGAGCUGCCCCUGUGUGGGAUGGUUGGUGGCAUGGCGGAGGCUGUCCCGGUGCCAGGCUUGACCUGCGCGGCUGGUCGGGGGGGAUUAGAGGCAGGGCACAGCUGAAUCCUCUGUCGCCUGCCCCUGCGCGUCUGAGGAGCUCCGAGCGAACACGACCCACGUGGGGACAGCUCUCUCCUGCAGGGACUUCUCUCUGGAAGAGGAAGUUGUCUCGAAAUAGCUCCGGCGCUUCCCUUGGAGCUUUGCAGACUUUGAAGUGUGCUGCAGAGCCUGGCAGCUGCCCCAGCGCUCCCCCGGCGCACACCGACCGCCUUGAUAGCCAGACAGGACCCUGACAGGACCCUGUGAUGACUCCUCCAGGACCGCGCUCUGCUCCUUUCCCUCUGGAUGGGGCCUCGGGUGGAUGUGUGCCUCACUCGGCCCCUCGGUGCCUGCCCUGAAGAGUCAGGUGAGACACAGAACCCAAGGCUAUGCCCCUGCUGUGUGAGGAGCAGCUGUGCACUCACCCCAGCAGCAGAGACACUCUACAGCAGCCCUGCCCACUCUGUGCUGCAGCUCAUCUUGGCCAUGGAGAGCACAGAGGUGGAGUCGGACAUCCUGCGCCGCGUCCGCACGCUGCUGCGAGAGCUGGACGGGCACCGCCCUGCCUGCCAGUGCGACCGAGGGAUGCUGCGAUGGACCCUGCACAAAAAAAUUGACCAGAACCCCAGCAACAGCUCCGUGGUGGUCAGGAUCCUGGUGAAGGAGCUGGAAAGAGCAGAGCGAGGUGAUUUCAGACAUUACAUCAUCCCCUUGCUGCACACGCUGAUGUACACCUUGAUGCAGGCUCCCUGCAUCCCGGACGAGCUCUGGGGCAGGGUCUAUGACUUCUGUAAGAAGCUGCUCACCCUGCCCCGGCCCUUCUGCACCAUCGCUUUGGAUUAUGCUGCCAGGCUGAAGGUGGAAAGAGCAGCACCAGGUGCCUUGUACCAGAGAAUGGUCAUUUCUGAACAGAGUCUCAAAAGCAACCUGUACCCCUACCAGGAGAAGAUUUUCCUCUUUGCUGAUCCUGACCUGCUCUCUGAAGCCAUCUGCCAGGCGCUGCUCAGCGACACAGAGGCAGCUCAGGUGUCCCAGAGCCCCCGGGCCUGCAUGUGCUACGUUAUCAUCCAUGCCAUGCAGGCAGCCCUGGGUGAGGGCUGUGCCAGCAGUGGCCUGAAGGCAAGCCUGCAGGACAUGCCCAUGGGCGAGGUGGAGCACUGGUUCCAGCAAGUGGUGGCAGCAGUGGAGUCUGCAGGACAGGAGGGCAGCGCAGAGCACGGCCAGCACACAGCCAGGCUGGAGGAGAUUCACCAGGCUGUCCUCAGCUCUCUGCAGGCAGGCAAUGCUGCCACGGGAGGGCUGCAGGGCACCCCUCUGCCUAACCCCAACAUCAGCUUUCACCUCUGGACAGAAGAUGAGCAACUCUGGAAGGAGCUGGGGCUGUUCAUCCGCCCCGGGUGGCAGAGCUGCCAGCCUGACUGCCUCGGCCAGGAGCUGGACACCUCUGGGAUGCAGGACAUCCUUUCUGGCUGCGAGUGCUGCCAGCAGAGUCGCUUCUCCGUGCUCUCCACCGACAGCGGCAUCGAGCGGGACCUGCCCCUGCCGGCUGAGGAGUCCCUCGGCCCCUGCGGCGCGGAGCCGGAGCGCUGCCGGCUCCUCAGGAAGGGCGGCAUGAAAAAGAAGCCGUCCGCACUGGAGAGCGUGGUCUUCCUGCAGGCUGGCGGCAGUGGUGCUGCGCUGAAGCCCCCAGGGAAGCUGCAGAGGAGCCCUGGCCCCACUCUGGGGCCUGCAGCCCAGCUCCAGAGGCUGCACACUGCCCGCGUCGUGCUGCUGGGGGACGACCGCGUCCUGGGGCGCCUGGCCAGAGCCUACCACUCUUGGAGGAAGCGAGAGACACGGAGAGCUUUCCUGACUCCCAGGCUGAACCUGCACUUCUACUACGUCCCAGUUGUGGCAGAGCAGCCAAGCACCUGGCAGGACCACCCUGCCACGGGCCAGGAGGAGCUGUGUGAGGUGGGCGCAUACCUGGGCAGAGCUGACCCAUGGUACCAGAGCAACAUCAACUCUCUGUGCCACAUGAUUCCUAAGCUGGCUACCAUGCCUUCCUCUCCAAGCAAGCAUCUUGUGCCUGACCUCUUCAUCACUGAUGUCAUCGCUUACUACACUCGCAUGGGCACGCAGCCUGUCUGCUUCCAGCUCUAUGCUGUGAAGCUGUUCUUCAGGGACCCAGCGCAGGAGCCAGCCGAGGAGGUGUUCCUGACGGAGCUGCGCACCCAGGUGCAGGACAGCAGCUCCCCCAGAGAGUUAAGCCUGACCAAGAAGAAAACGACCCUGGAUGGCCCUGGCAUAGACCUCACAGUAAGGUACAGAAAGGCUGUGCUGAGUGCCCGGCCAAAGGAGCUGGCACUGUCCCUGCGCUCCACAGGCCUGCUGAUGAAAGCCAUCCCUGCUGAGCAGGCUGAAGACCUGGUGUGCGUGAAGGUGACCAUCACUGAGAUCAUCAGGACCAACAACUUGUCAGGACGAAGCUUCUCAGCUGUGGCAAACAGCUUGAGGACACAACAUAUCAAUAUCAGGAGCACAGAGCAGAGGCCCUUCACGGUGUGCCUGGACAAGGACAGCAGAAGAAGCUACAGGAACGUGAUCAGCAUGGAAGUGUCUCCUUGCCUGGAGCCCAGCUACUGCUUGCAAAGGACGAGGACAAUGAAGUCCACCCUGCAUGACACAGAAGAUGUGGGGAUGGUGAAGUACAUGCCCAAGUCUCUGCUGUUGCCUAUCAACACCUUUGCAGGUGUAAUCCAAUGAGGCAGAGAAGAAAAAGAUGCUGUCAAGAGAUGAGAUGUGACCUGGGUCAGCAGGGAGAGCUGGAAGAAGAAAGCCACCAGCAGUGACUUUACAAUGGUGAUGGUGUGAAAAGCUGCAAGAGCAGAGGUGGGCAGGGCUCAGGGAGCACAGCCAUGCCCUGCUGAAUGACAGGCAUGACUACAGAUGCCAUCUGCAGCCAAGGGGCAGAGCCAUGAUGAAGAAUGGAGCUGUGGCCCUUUUUUGCACAGGUCAGGGGACAAUUUUGGAGUAUCUUCAUUUCAGGAAGUCUGGGGGAACCCAGCUGAGGCGAUGGUGCUUGCUGGGCUGGUGGCUGACAACAUUGCUAUGGGGAACAUUGAUUAUGGUGAUGCCCACAGUCUGGCAGAAGGUCAGGGCCUUUUGGGUGGAGUUGUGCACAGCCAAGUCUUUGUCCUGGCACAAAGUGCUGGAUGCAUUUGGGUGAACCAGCAGUUAUUGCCCUGGAUGAGUUAGCAAACCUCAUUGUGAGCUCAGCCACACCUGGGAGAGCUUUGGGUACUUAGCAGGUCCUGCACUUGGGCCACAGCAACCCCAUCAGUGCUGCAGGCUUGUCCUAUCCAGCAAAACUCAGAAGGGCAAAAGGAGAGGACAGGGGGAGGUACAGCUGCUUGACCAGCUGCUCCUUCCUGGGAGAUGGCCAGACCUGUGUCUGCCACCUCACACUGCCCAGCCUCAGGCUAAGGCACGGUGCAGGAUACCAACUCUGUUCUCUCUCCAGGUUAUCCACCAGUUUCCUGAGGGCUUCAAAAGCCCUGUGGGAAAUCUUUUCCUCCUCAGCUGCAUCAUUUGCUCUUGCAGGACCUAAAGAGGAGGGAUUGAGCUGAGUUUCACAGGAAUAAAAUGCAGAACACCAGCGCUAGUCUGUGAGCUCAGCUGGGACUCAGCGCUGCGACGCCAGCUGGGCUGCAGUGCACGAAGCAAGGGAGGAGCUGGGAAAAUCCUCCCUGCAGGCACACGCUGCAGGGGCUCCAACGUUACACCAGGAUCCAGCUGCUGAGCUGGAUAACCAGGGAGUCCUCCAUCCUCAUCUAGAAGCAAGCCCAGAUGAGAAACCUUUCAUUGCAUCUUGGGCUCCACUUCUGCCUCAGUGACCUGUGGGCACUGGAAGGGGCUCAGGUAACAAGGUGGGAAGGACAGGAGAGCACAGCUCAGAGCUCCUGACAGCUGCAGAGACCUCACCUCAUCCUGGAGUGUGAGCGUUGAGCAAACGCUGCCAAGGAUCCCACCAAAGCUUGUCAUAGAAAUCCUCUUUAUUAAU